GGGGCGGGGCCAGCGCCGCCCGUCGCCGCGGGCCGGGCCGGGCCGGUCGCCGCCGCCGCCAUCGCCGCCAUGGCCUGGGGCGCCUCGCUCGCCGAGUGCCUGCGCGAGUGGGAGGAGCUGCAGGACGGCUACCAGCGCAUCCAGGACAACCACAAGCUGUACAAGCAGAAACUCGAGGAGCUGACCAAGCUGCAGGAUGGGAUCUCCAGCUCCAUCGCCCGGCAGAAGAAGCGGCUGAAGGAGCUGUCGCUCUCCCUCAAAAAAUGCAAAGCCCAGGCCACUCCCGAGCAGGAAGCAUCCAUCCAAGAGACCCAGAGCCUGAUUAAAGAGAGGCAGAACGUGUUCUUUGAGAUGGAGGCCUAUCUGCCAAAGAAGAACGGGUUGUACCUGAGUCUGGUGCUCGGCAAUGUGAACGUGACACUGCUCAGCAAACAGGCCAAGUUUGCAUAUAAAGAUGAGUAUGAGAAGUUCAAGCUCUACCUCACCAUCAUCCUCCUCAUUGUCUCCUUCUCCUGUCGGUUCCUCCUCAACUCCAGGGUGACAGACGCCGUCUUCAACUUCCUCCUGGUGUGGUACUACUGCACCCUCACCAUCCGCGAGAGCAUCCUGAUCAACAACGGCUCCAAGAUCAAAGGCUGGUGGGUUUUCCAUCACUACAUCUCCACCUUCCUCUCAGGUGUCAUGCUGACGUGGCCAGAUGGGCUCAUGUACCAGAUGUUCAGGAACCAGUUUCUCUCCUUCUCCAUGUACCAGAGCUUUGUGCAGUUCCUGCAGUAUUACUACCAGAGCGGGUGCUUGUACCGGCUGCGAGCGCUGGGAGAGAGGCACAACAUGGACCUGACUGUGGAAGGCUUCCAGUCCUGGAUGUGGAGAGGCCUCACGUUCCUGCUUCCCUUCCUCUUCUUUGGGCAGUUCUGGCAGCUCUACAACGCCAUCACCCUGUUCCGCAUGCUGCAGCACCCCGAGUGCAAGGAGUGGCAGGUCCUCAUGUGCGGCCUCCCCUUCUUCAUCCUCUUCCUGGGCAACUUCUUCACCACCCUGCGUGUGGUCCACCAGAAGAUUCAGAACAAGAACCAGGACACGAAGGAGAAUUGAAGUGGGGCGCUGUGGGGGCCCGGACUGUUUCUGCCCACUGGCUCCCUCCCCUAUCCCCAUCUCCUCAAUUCCGUCCGGACUCUGGCGUCUCAUCCCAUUCCUUGGAGGCCUGGGUGUGGCACAGAGCUUGGGGCCUGCUCCUGGACAGUCCAUGUGCUCAGCACGGGGCUGGAUCCGUGCUGGAGUCACUCACCUGCAGGCAGGAGCACCCUGCAGCUCCUGUCCUGGCUGCCAUCCACAUCCAAACAGCAGGAUGCUCGGGACAGCCAUUCCCCUCCCUUGCACUGGGAUGUUCCUGGCUGCUGGUGCUCCUCACUGGGACAGGGCAGUGUCCAGGGACUGCCUCCCACAGCUCCAGGGGUGCUGGAGGCUCCCCCUUUUCCCCCCAGCCCCGAUUCCAGGGCUGGCCCAGCUCCUCCCUCCCCUUCAAUCCACAGGGAAGGGGUGGCUGGGGCAUGGGCGGGGUGGGAGCAGCAGGAGCUGGGGCUAUGCAAGCAGCAGCCUGGGCUGGCAGCUCCUGAGGCUGCAGAUGUGAAAAUAAAGGGAAGGAGCUGCCCUGGGUCACUGGGACAGUCUGGGAACAGUUCCCACA